AUGGAUCCAUUCCAAGUUCGUCUUGUCGGUGGGUCUAACGAUGCUGAAGGCAGGGUAGAGGUACUUUACGGUGGAUCAUGGGGAACUAUCUGCGGUAAGUGGUGGAAUAUGCGAGACGCCAGGGUGGUUUGCAGAAUGCUCGGGUUUGAUGGCGCAUUGGAAGCACCAAGAUCUGCUAAGUUUGGUCAAGGUUCUGGUCAUAUUCUUCUGACCGGUGUUAGCUGUGAUGGGACAGAAGACAACCUAGCAUACUGUGCUCAUGCAGGGAUCGGACGUUACUCAUGUAGUCAUACAUGGGAUGCAGGAGCCAUUUGCUAUUCAGGGGCCCAUCCAAAUCCAUUCCAAGUUCGUCUGAUCGGUGGAGCGAACAAAGCUGAAGGAAGAGUAGAAGUUAUGCAUGACGGAUCCUGGGGAACUGUAUAUGAUUGGAUCUGGGAUCUGAGAGACGCUAUGGUGGUUUGCAGAAUGCUCGGGUUUGACGGAGCCUUAGAAGCGCCGACAUCUGCUAGGUUUGGUCAAGGCUCUGGUCCUAUUCUUCUGGUCUCUGUUAGCUGUGAUGGAACGGAAGAAAACCUAGCAGACUGUGCUCAUUUUGGAGUUGGAGACUAUAGUCCAUGGGGCCAUGCUAAUGAUGCAGGUGCUGUAUGUUAUUCAUUGGAAUCUACGAGUACUUUUGAGAUCGAGACUACUGAUUCUUCGUCGCCAAUCACCACCGUAGAAGGGCUAUCAAAGGAUGCAUCUAUGCAUUCAAACACACUUGAACCAUUCAUUUCGGAUGAACCUGGACAUCUACAAUCUAAUUAA